AUGUUGUCUUCACGCGUUGCAGAAGCCCGAGAGGGUAAGAAGACAAAGCACUCUGGGCUAAGUUCAGCUUCACUGCAAGAGAAGAGCCAUCCGCCUCUACCCUCCUUCUUCACCAAAGGGGCAAACAACAAGUUCAUUCUCAGAGACAUCGAUGGUCACUUCCACGAUGUUGCUUUGGGAGAAAUCCUGGAGAGAACCAGCCAAGAUGAAACAAGGUCAUCAGAUGAGAGCAUUGGCCCCUCGCUAUUCACUGUCUCUCCCUCAUACAAAUCUUCCUUUGCCCAAACACCACUCUCCCCGCUUUCAGUCCGCACAAACUCCAAGCACGAUAGCCCUUCACUUUCAGGAUCUUCACGGUAUAGAGAUCUUGUCGUUCCUCAUCCCAGACUUCCUGAUCCUGUGGCUCGACGACGCGAUAGUGGUUCAGAGUACAGCGAGGACGACGUCCCGGUUCAAACUACUAGAUACGCUGUUACUGCCACUCAAACUUCACCUCGGAACUCUGUUCUGAAAGACACUGCUUCACCUCCUGUACCCAAGGUUGAGAUCGAUUCUGAGUCUCAGAACUUGGAUGCGUAUCUCCAGAAGUUUGGUCAGAGAAAGGUGACUCGACAAAAGUGGAUAAUGACGGGCUUUCUCAUUUCUGUCAACUUUAUGUUUAUCUUUGCAUCUUGGUGGUGGCCUCGGUACUAUUAUAUCUACAUUCCCUUCAUUUCAUUCCCGCUGGUCCUCAACUGUAUCAUGAUCGCCUCUAUUAUCGUCAUCACCCUCAAGAAUCUCAUGUUCUCUGAGAAGAUCAUUGAGCCCGACCACCUUGAGAAUCUGGUCAUGAUCAUGCCUUGUUACAACGAGACUCUCGAGGAAUGCACCAAGUCACUUGAUUCUCUUGUCGACCAAGUUGGCAUUGACAAUCAUAAGAGGGGCAUCAUGGUGAUUUGCGAUGGCCGUGUUCGUGGACCUGGAAUGGAAAAGACGACAGCCGCGUACCUUAAUGAGGAUAUUUUUGUCGAGCAACUUCACCGCGAGAAGAUCACCAGAGCUUAUCGAGCCUGGGACGGUCAAGCCAUGGAUGUCGAGAUCUCUUGGGGCUACUACAAGGGCGUUCCAUUCUACUGCAUCGUCAAAGAGCAGAACCAGGGCAAACGCGAUAGUCUCAUUGUCGUCCGCUCAUUCCUGUACAAGUUUAAUGUCCGAAACACAAACCCAACGACCAUCUUCUCUUCCCGAUUUCUGCUCUCAAUGACCGAUUGGCUUACCCAAGAGGUCAAAAUUAACUCAGUCGACCAUCUGAUAGGCAUGGAUGCAGACACCAUCUUCGACAAGAUUUGCAUCUCAGAGCUUCUUAAGGAAUCGAAAUAUCCAAAUACAGUUGGUGUUUGUGGUUAUGUUGCAGUUGAUUUCAAAGACGGCAACUGGAACUUGUGGUCUGUCUAUCAGAAUGCCGAAUACACAAUUGCCCAAGGACUACGACGUCUGCAUCAAUCAAUUGCCACUAAGAAGGUGUCCUGUCUCCCUGGAUGCUGUCAACUGCUCAAGAUUUGCGAUAUGACUUGUGGUGACAAGGUACUCAUUGAGCUCUUUGGAUACUAUCCUAGGCCCCUGGAUGGCAUGAUCACACGCAUUCGAGCCACCGCCUCUGAAGACCGGAACCAUAUCUGCCAACUCCUCACGACAUUCCCUGAAGCACAAACUCGUCAGGCUUUACGAGCAAGAGCUUACACGGAUGUUCCUCAUUCGUGGAGUGUCUUCCUCUCUCAGCGCCGUCGUUGGACACUUGGAGCUACAAGCAACGAUCUGCUGCUCACCACAGCAAGACACUGUCAGUGGUGGGAGCGCAUCCUGGCCUUUUCCAAUGUUCUCACUUGGUGUCUCAAUGUAUUUGUCAUUGCCUCUAUUGGCUGCAUGAUUGUAGCAUUUAUGCAUCAGCCCUGGUGGAUCAUCAUGGCCUUUGCAGGAAUCAUGAUCAUUCCUCUCGUCUACUACAUUAUCAUGGCUAUUUGGCUCCCUCAGUCUAUGCUGGAGAGAUUCCAGUACCUUCUUGGCUUGUUCAUAUUUGUGGUUCUAGGACCCUUUCUGAACAUUGCAGUUAUGGUAUUUGCAGUUUUUAAUAUGGAUAGCUUUGGCUGGGGCAAGACUAGGAAGGUAGUUACUGAAACCCCCAAGGAACAAGUCCAGGAGAAGCAAACGAUUGAGGGCAAUGGAGCUGGCUCGAACUCAUCGCGAGGCUAUCAUAGUAGCUCUGUAAACGAGGAGGUGGCAACAGGAGCGGCCGUUAGGAGGCCCACGGUGGUAUACGUGCCUCCAACAACUACUCGCCAACCAUAA